AUGUUAAUUAAUACGUCUAAGUGUGUUUUUGGUGCUCGAGAAGUAUCUUUUUUGGGAUAUCACAUCUCGGCAUCAGGCACCAAACCACUAGACACUAAAGUUGAAGCCAUAAAAAACUUCCCAUUGCCCACCAAUGUUCGUCAACUUCGACGAUUUCUGGGCAUGGUCAAUUUUUAUAGGCGAUUUUUACCACGUGUUGCAGAAAUACAAGCACCGCUUAACGCCUUGUUGACAGGCGUAAUAAAGAAUAAUCAGCCUAUUACAUUAUCUGGUGAGUCUUUAAAUGCAUUUAAAACAUGCAAAGAAAGCCUUUCUGAGGCUGCGUUAUUAGCACAUCCAGAUUGCCAAGCAAAAUUGGCUUUAGUCACUGAUGCUUCGGAUAAAGCAAUUGGAGCUGUCCUACAGCAGUUAAAAGAAGACGUAUGA